GGUGGGCUGAGUGCCCAAGCUUUUGUUCGGAUUGAGAUAGAAGAUAUCAACGAUAAUCAACCUGUUUUUGAACAAGCUGUCUAUGUGACGAGCAUCAGCAGUCACACAGAGCCAGGAACAGAGAUCAUCAAUGUUGUUGCCACAGACAGAGAUUCAGGAAUAUAUGGCAUUGUCACAUACGAACUGGUCCCAGGAGAAUUUUCUUCUUUUUUCACAGUGGAUACAUCCACAGGGAUUAUUUAUCUGAUCUCAGCUCUUGGCCACAUGGUGCAUUCUGUGCUCUUCCUGACUGUUUGUGCGCGGGAUGGGGGUGGCCUUCCCUCUACCACCAAUGCAGCUGUCACAGUACACAUCCUCCAGACCACUGCUGCCCCUGCCACAUUUGAGAGAUCCUGGUAUACUUUUUCUGUCCCCGAAGAUGCACCUGAAGACAGCCUGAUCGGCACUGUAAAGGCCAGAGAGCCUCCAAAUUCUUUAGAAGUGGUUUCUUACAGAAUUUCCUCUGGUGAUCCACAUGGAAGAUUCUCUAUUGACCCCCGGUUUGGUAUCAUCCGCACCAAAAAACAGCUUGACCAUGAAAGUCAGUCUGUUGUGGUGCUCACUGUUCAGUCACAGUUGGGUAACUCCCCUGUCUACAGUAGUACCCAGGUCAACAUAUCUGUGAUAGAUGUUAAUGACAACCCUCCAAUAUUUCCUACUAAAUCUGAUAAGGUAACUGUUUCACAUACCCAGCCUCCUGGCACUGCAGUCUACAUUGCUCAUGCAGAAGACAGAGACAGUGGCCUAAACGGGGCAAUCAAAUACAGUAUUGCAAGCAAGCAGUCAAAUGUAUUUAGCAUUGAUCCAAACCUUGGAGUGGUAAACCUCACCAGGACAGUGUUUGCAGAUAAGCAGCGGGAAUAUACUCUGCACAUAGCAGCUGAAGACUGUGGAAGUCCUUCUCUGACUUCUUUGCUGAUGUUGACAGUGAUUAUUGAAGAAAAGAAGAUGGGCCCUACUUUGAUUUUUCAAAACUUGGUGUAUCAAGUAGAAAUCAGUGAAGCUACCUCUCCAGGUGCCCGAAUCCUUCAGGUUCAGGCCCAUUCAAUUGAUCCACACGGUGUUACCUCCAAGCUGACAUACUCCUUAGAGCCUAGCACAGAUUCUGUUGCAUUUGGAAUCAGUUCUGAUACUGGCUGGAUUUAUCUUCGGAAACAUUUGAACUAUGAAUGUGCACAGAUACUAAGUUUUAGAGCUCUGGUCAGCGCCUCCGAGGAUAAAAACCUCAGGCAAAAUGCAAGUACAUCAGUAAUAGUUAAAGUCCUGGAUGAAAAUGAUAAUUCUCCUAUGUUUAUGCGUGAAAGCUACUUCUUUGAAGUGGAGGAAAAUCCAGUUCCUAGAGGUGUGGUUGGCACCAUUACAGCUGUUGACAAAGACUCAGGAAGAAAUGGACAACUUUCCUAUUUUCUCUUGUCUGAUGGAAAGUAUUUCAAGAUUAAUUCCAACACAGGUGAAAUCAUAAACUGGGUGGCACUAGACCAUGAAAAACAAGCUCACCACCAGCUGACCGUGCUAGUGACUGAUCACGGGUCACCACGGCUAAACACCACAGCAGCCGUGUACAUCGUGGUGAGGGACCUCAAUGACAACAAGCCCCUCUUCCCUCAGGCGGUGCCCGGGCGGGGGCUGCAGCUCAAGGUUUUGGAAGGGCAGCCAUCGGGGACACUUAUUACCACUGUCUUUGCAAAAGACUUUGAUUCUGGAAACAGCGGUGUUGUGUUAUAUUCAAUAGAAUCAGAGGAUAUAGGAGACUUUCAGAUUGAUGCUGUCAGUGGGGAGUUAAGAACAACCCGGUCUCUAUCACAUGCUGAGAGAUCAGACUACAGAAUGAUGGUCACAGCCAGGGACCAGGGGAUACCGUCACUUCAAGGACAUGCUGCUGUUUACAUCCAGGUAAUCCCACUUCCCAGUGGGAGAUCUGUCUUCUCUCAAGAUGUCAAGCACUUUGUUGUACCUGAAAAUUUUAAGCCUGCACAAGUGCUGAAUUCUCUGAAGUGGCCUGAUAAUCAUCUAACAAGUAACAGGAAACUGCAUUUCAGUAUCACUAAAGAUAAUGAUGAUGUUCAUUUUGAAAUAGAUAGCUUGACAGGAGAUCUUUUUCUUUCCAAGGAACUUGACUAUGAAACAACUUCACAUUUCCUUUUGCAAGUUAUUGUAAAGGAUUAUAAUAAUAAUCCUCCACAGAAUAACACUAUCUUCCUAAGUAUCGAUGUAGAAGAUCAGAAUGAUCAUUCACCGUGUUUUCAAGAUGACUUUGUAGUGAUUGGCAUAGAGGAAAAUGUACCUGUUGGCACUCUGGUUUACACGUUCAAUGCAAAAGAUGGAGAUGGCGGUUUUCUGAACAGCAAAAUACAGUAUUCCCUAACAAUGAGUAACGUUGGUGAAAAUCCAUUUCUUAUUCACCCUUCGUAUGGCACCUUGACCACAGCAUUUCCACUAGACAGGGAGAUUACUCACUCUGUGAUCCUUACGGUGUCUGCGACAGACCAGGCAAUAAAUCUGACUGAUCGCAGGCUUGAUUCCCUGGUUGCGAAAAUUGUUAUUUUAGAUACCAAUGACAACAGUCCCAAUUUUAUGUCUUCACCUCUUUCCUAUGUCAUGGAGGAUGCUGAGGUGGGCUUCCUUGUGCACUCCAUAAUUGCAAAGGAUCCUGAUGAGGGAAGAAAUGGACAAGUUACAUACCACAUUCUUUCAGGCAAUGAAAACAAAGCGUUUGUGUUGGAUAAAAUCACAGGACUCUUAACUACAGCCCAGCUUCUGGACCGUGAGAUUCAGGAGCGCUACAGUUUGACAGUCAUGGCUAUUGAUGAUGGCAGCCCAGCUCUCUCUGCCACGCAAGUUCUAACUGUCAUUGUUCUUGAUGUGAAUGAUGAGACCCCGGUAUUUCUGAAGCAACUUUACGAGACUACGGUUCAUGAAAACCAAGAUCCAGGGGAGUUUGUUAUAAAGGUGGAAGCUGUGGACAGAGAUGCAGGACUGAAUUCCUUGCUUUGGUAUGAAAUCUUACCAGGAAUUGGUUAUGAGAAAUUCGAGAUGAACUCAGACAGUGGAGAACUCAUAACAACUGCAUCACUGGACAGGGAAACCCAGGAGUUUUUCAGUAUUAAAGUUUUGGUUCGAGAUAGUGGAACCCCAUCGCUGUCAAGCACAGUGACGGUUAUCUGCACAGUGCUGGAUGAAAACGAUCACUCUCCCGUGUUUCUUCUUCCCAUCUCUGAGAUCCGUAUUCCAGAGAACCAACAGCCUUCUGUCGUGUAUGUUACCCAGGCUGUAGAUACGGAUGCUGGCAGUAAUGGAGCUCUACGAUACAAAAUAAUUGGUGGAAAUGUUGGAGAAUACUUCACAUUAAAUAACACUUCAGGAAAACUGCUGGUCACUCGUAGCUUAGACAGAGAAGACGUCAGCAAUUUCACUCUUGUAAUUGAGUGCCAUGACCUAGGCAGUCCCUUGAGAAGCUCCACUGCACAGCUCUAUCUAACGGUCUUGGAUGAAAAUGACCACAGCCCGAUGUUUGCAAAGACCCACUAUCAGAUCUCCGUGAGAGAAGACCUAGAGGAAGGGUCAGCCAUCCUGGACCUCUUUGCUUCUGACGAAGAUGAUGGCCUGAAUGGUGAAGUUACGUACUCCCUUGUUGACACCACCUUUGGGGCUUUUGCUAUCGACAGUGUGACGGGGUCUAUAGUUACUACAAAGGCACUGGACCGGGAGACCAAAUCCCAGUAUAUAUUUAGGGCUGUGGCAAGUGACUGUAGCACCCAUUUGCCAAGAAGCACCACUGUCACUGUUGUGGUGCACAUUGAUGAUGUCAAUGACAAUGAGCCUGUUUUUUUGCAGAAUCCUAUCAGGGUCUUUGUGCCUGCUGAAACCCCUGCGAAUGAGACAGUAGCCACUGUGAUAGCAGAGGACAUGGAUCUGGGAUCAAACGGAGCUGUUGUUUUUAGUUUGAUGAUAGCAGAAACUGUAUUUCAGAUCAAUGCAAAAACAGGUGACAUCAUUCUUCAGGAGCCCUUGGCUUCCACGGACUUCAGUACCCAGCUGCUGGUGACAGCUUCAGAUCAAGGUAUCUCACCUCGAACAGCCACAGCUAUGGUCAUUAUCUUUACAGCAGAACAAGAGGAGGAGAUUUCAUUCAGCCGUAGCCUGUAUGAAGCAAGCGUGCCCGAGAACAGUGCAGCAGGUACAUCACUUCUAACUGUAGAAGCUUGUGGACACAAAUCUACAGGAGAAGACAUAAAAUACAGCAUCUUCAAUGACAAAGAAAGCAUAUUCUCAAUACACCUCAUUACAGGUGCAAUCACAGUAAAAGAGCCAAAGUUUCUUGAUUAUGAAGCUAAGAAUAAAAUACAUCUUUCAGUUUUGGCUGAAAAUAGCUUGGAUUCAGCACUUUGUGGAGUGACAGUUUUGAUACAAGAUGUGAAUGACAAUGUUCCUAAAUUUGAGCAAAGCUAUUACAAAGCAUCAGUAUGGGAAGGCCAGAGUCCCAAAACAGACAUCAUACAGGUAUUUGCUACUGACCUUGACAGCGGGCUGAAUGGAGAAACUGAAUAUUCAAUUUUAUCUGGUAAUGAAGACGCAACAUUUCUAAUUGAUUCAGCACGAGGGAUUUUAGCAACUAAUACAGUCCUAGAUCAUGAAGACACUUCAUCUUACAGGUUGGUUGUACAAGCUGCUGAUAAAGGAAACCCCAGACUUUCUGCUACAAGUAUUGUGAGGAUACAAGUGUUAGAUGUUAAUGACAAUGCUCCAGUUGUCCAACCACUAGGUGAACUGAAGGUCCCAGAAAAUGCCCUGCCUGGUUUUAUAGUGACUCGGGUGCCAGCAAGUGAUGCGGACUCCAGGCCAGCACUUCAGUUUGGUUUUAUUUAUGAUAAUAGUCCUAGAAUGAAGUUUGCCAUUGAUCAACACACCGGUGUAGUCACAGUGGUGGAACCAUUAGAUUUUGAAGAAACUGCUGUGUAUAAGCUGAGAAUCAUAGUUUCAGAUUCUGUACAUCAAACAGAAGCAGAACUCACCAUCCUUGUUUUGGAUGUCAAUGAUAACCCGCCAGUGUUUACUCAGGAUUCAUAUCAGGUGAGCUUACCAGAGCUAAUUUCUAUGGAUGCCACUGUCCUGACAGUCUCUGCUGUGGAUAGGGAUUCGGAGCAUAAUGGAAUGAUUUCCUACAAAAUUCUCUCUUCCUCUGAGGGAUUUUCCAUUGAUCAUAAGAAUGGUUCAGUGUUCGCUACGGGACCAGUGACACAGCUGGAAAAGGUUUCCAUUAUUCAGCUCCUGAUAGAAGCCACGGAUGGUGGCAGUCCCACUCGGAGUGCAGUUACCUCCGUAGAGGUGCGCAUAGAAGAUGUAAAUAACUAUGCCCCUCAGUUCACAAGGGUUCUGUACAAUCUCAGCGUGAACGAGGAUACCUCAGUUGGAGAAAGUGUGCUCACGUUUUCAGCCAUCGACUAUGAUUGGACACAUGAAAACACAUAUAUUGAAUACUCUAUUAUUGAUGGUAAUGCUGAGAAUUUAUUCUCCGUGGAAACAAGUGUUGUGAAGCCAGAAACAUCCUACAGACUUGUUGGCCGUCUUGUUUUGAGCAAUGUUCUCGACAGGGAAACGGCUGCUUCUCACCGUUUGGUUCUCCUUGCAUCUGAUCGUGGAACGCCGUCCUUGAAUUCAACUGCUACUGUGCUAAUAACUGUGCUGGAUGUUAAUGAUAAUCCUCCAGUAUUUAGCAGCCCAGAGUACCAUAUUCAUGUCAAAGAAAGCAUCCCUGUAGGUAGUCACCUCACCGAAGUUUCUGCAAAUGACUGCGAUGCAGGCACUAACGCAGAGAUCACUUACGCUAUCAUCUCUGGAAAUGACAGGGGACAUUUUCGUUUGGAUGGGAAAACGGGAUCAGUGGAUUUGAUGAAGACACUGGAUUAUGAGGAUACCAUUAAAUUCACUUUGAUCAUCCAAGCCACAGAUGGAGGAGCUGAUGUAAAAAAUGUGGCUUUUUCUGUUGUUCUUGUUAGUGUCCUAGAUGACAACGAUUAUGCCCCACUGUUUUUGUUUCCCAGCCUGAGCUGCACUGUCAGUGAAAAUCUGCCUACCUUUUCUUUUGUGUGCGCUGUUAGUGCGCUGGAUUUUGAUAAAGGCUCCUAUGGACACCUUACCUACUCCAUCCAGUCUUCGUGUUUGGCUCAUCAUGAAGCGCCUAGAGACCAUGACAUGUUCUUCAUUGAUCCUUUGACAGGAGAUAUCCAUACAAAGCAAAUGUUUGACUAUGAAAGUCAGAAUAGGUACUGUCUCAUAAUCCAAGCAAAAGACAAAGGUGACUCACUGGGUACUGUUACAGUUCAGGUAGAUAUUGAGGGGGGAGAUGAAUUUGACCCAGUGUUUACACAAGAUCAGUAUUUCUUUAAUCUCCCUGAGAAGAACGAAGCAGGCCAGUUGCUUGGCAGAGUGGCAGCAUCAGACGGCGAUAGUGGACUGGACGGAGUUGUUCAUUACUCCCUACUAAAAACUUCUCCAUUCUUUUAUGUGAAUCAAACCAGUGGUAAUAUUUAUUUGACUCAGACUGUUCACAGAAAGAAAAAUGGCAGCAAAAGGAGUGAUGAUACCCUGGAAUUGUUGGUAAGAGCUCACAGCCCCAAAAUUGAGUCAAAGUUCACAAUAUGCACCGUUUUGGUGAAUGUUUCCAACUCUCCUGAGAGUUAUCCCACAGUGUCAGCAUACAGCCUGACCAUUAGCAUUUCCAUCUCCUUGAUAGUGUUCCUACUGCUUGCCGUCAGUCUUACUGCACUUACUCUGAGACAUAAGCGGAAAGAUCUGAUGAACUCCUGUGUGAAAAAAGAAGCAGUAUCCUCCUUAGCUACUGAUGUGAAUUCAGCCAGCGAAGAUAAGGACAGCCAGAAAAUCCAAAGUACUGAGAGCAGUAUGCUUCCCAUGGGUGCCAUAGCAGAAUGGCUGAGCCUAGCAGGAAUCGGAGAGGGGAAGGAUGAUGAUGUCCCCUGCAGACAUUCAGACUCCAGUGGCCAUGGUUCUGCCGAAGGAGAAACUGCAGAGGAUGAGGAAAUCAAAAGAUUCAAUGAGCAUCCUUGCAGAAAGAACGCUGGCUCAGUGCUGAGUGAGUGUGGCUCAUGGGUGCCGGAUUCAGGGAUCCCAAGAGAGCCUGAUCAACUCUCCUGUCAGUCUGGAGAAACAGAGGUCUUGACUACCACACAAAGCGUGGAGAGCGUGCAGGCCAUUAAAGGAGAAGGCAGAGAAGAAGCCUGUGACACAGCCUACACACAUAAAAUGUUGUCUCAAACACUUAAGAAAAUUGGAAUAAAAGAGCAAGACAUAAUGACAGACCUCACAAGAGAGUGUGUCUUGAUGUCAAGUAGGCAGGACUCGGGGUGUGAUUCGCUUGCAACCUUUGACACCUCUGAUGAGGAUCUCAGAGGUGGUGAUAACUGGGAUUAUGUGCUCAGCUGGGAACCCAGAUUUGAACUUCUUGCCUCAGUGUUUAAUGACAUUGCAAAACUGAAAGAUGAAAACGUACACAUUCAUAGCUUCCCUAAGGAGAAGAAAACUCUUGUUUUCCCUCCUCCCUUGAUAACAUCAGUAGCUCAGCCUGGCGUAAGGACAGUGCCACCACGAAUGCCAAAUAUCGUAUCAGGGCAACCAUUUAAAAAAUACCCUCGUUCUCCCCUUAUCCAUAACCUUGGAUACCCUCCACCAACCAUGACGCCCAGUUUUUCUCCUUCUCUCUCUUUGCUUACCAUGCAGACGCCUACUGCUUCUCCAGUAAUGUCUGAUGGGAAAAUGAUAGGAACAUGUCUUAUUGAUCCAAGCCAUGAACUUGCAACAGAGGAGGAAAUUCAGGUCUAG